AUGGCUGAUAUAAUCUCUCCUAUCGAAUCUGGUAUUAGAAGCUUUCUGAACAGAACUAUGUCAAAUAGAGCAUCAAUUGCAAGCUCUUUUUUUAGUGGGCAGUAUAAACCUUUCAAAAAUCAAGUAUAUGAGGAUUUGAAACUACAAGCACAGGAGUCUGGGAAACUUUUUGAAGACCCAGAGUUUCCAGCUGAUCAUUCAUCCCUUUAUUAUUCUGGAAAUAGUCAGCUUCCAGGCCAAGUAGAAUGGAAAAGGCCAAAGGAAAUUCAUCAGAAUCCAAAAUUAUUUGUUGAUGGUGCUUGUAGCUGUGACGUGAUCCAAGGAAUGUUGGGGAACUGCUGGUUUGUUGCAGCAUGUUCAUCUCUAGCUCAAGAGAAGGAGUUAUGGAACAAAGUAAUCCCUGAUAUGGAAGUUCAAGAGUGGAAUGAUGAACAGCCUGAAAACUAUGCUGGAAUAUUUCACUUUCGAUUUUGGUUAUUUGAUGGAUGGUAUGAUGUUGUGAUUGAUGAUAGAUUACCAACAGUUGCUGGUGAACUGAUUUAUAUUAAGUCGAGAGAUAAAAAUGAAUUUUGGGGUGCACUCUUAGAAAAAGCAUAUGCUAAGGUAGCUGGUUCUUAUGAAUCACUCGAUGGAGGAAACUUGUGUGACGCUUUAAUUGAUUUUACUGGGGGUAUAGCUGAGACAUUCCAGUUGCAAGAAGAAAAGUAUUAUGAAGAUGAAGACAAAAAACUUGCUUUGUUCAGGACCAUGAGAUCAGAAAUUGAUAAUCAUUCUCUUUUAAGUUGUGCAAUCUCUGCUGCAUCACAAGAAGAAAUGGAAGCAAGAACUGAAGUUGGUUUGGUUAAAGGACAUGCAUAUGGAAUUACUGCUGUUAAAAAAAUCUACAUUGGUGAAACAUCUCUUAUGAGUUUAUUUGCUGAAAAAGAAAAGAUUUACAUGAUUCGAAUGAGAAAUCCAUGGGGACAAAAAGAAUGGACAGGCCCAUUUAGCGACGGUUCUGCUGAAUGGGAAAAAAUUUCAUCCAGUGAAAGAGAAAGAAUUGGUCUAACCUUUGAUGAAGAUGGAGAAUUCUGGAUGCCAUUUGAUGAUUUUUGCAGAUAUUUUACAGACCUGUCCAUUUGUCGCUUAGUAAAUACAUCAUGGUUUAGCUUUAAUAAAACAUGGAAUGAGUCAUGCUUUGUUGGACAAUGGACAACUGGACCUGCAAAUUCUGAAACUGACAGAGCUGGUGGUUGUUAUAAUCACAGAGACACGUUUCUUCUGAACCCUCAGUAUCGUUUUGAUGUUGAAACUGAUAAUGACACAGUGAUGAUAUUUUUAAUGCAAAAAGAUAGAAGGGCUCUUCGCUGUAAAGGUAUUAGCCAUCUUGUAAUAGGAUUUCACGUAAUGAAGGUUGAGGCUAAUCGACGUUAUCGUUUGCAUGCUGUUAAAGAAAAGUCAGGUGGUUCUGAAUAUGCAAUGUCAAGGAACGUAUUUUUGAGAUGCACUCUUAAAGCUGGCCGUCAUGUUAUUGUUCCUACUACAUUUGAUCCCGGUGAAGAAGGAGAAUUUCUUCUAAAAAUUUUUACUAGCAAAUCAAACAAUGGGAAGGAAUUGCUCCAUGAUGCUCCAAGCCAAAGUGUCUGGCCGUGUAUUUCCUAUCCGUGCCUUGUUACUAAAGUUUUUAUCCAAGGUGCUAAGGAUUUAGAAAAACAGGACCGCUUUGGAAAUGCUGAUCCAUAUUGCAUUGUAAAGUGUGAAGGAGAAAGAGUUCGUAGUCCUGUUUGCCGUGAAACAUUGAAUCCAGAAUGGAAUAUAACUGUUCUGUUUUAUCGCAAGAGCCCUGAUUCAUUAGUUAAAGUUCAGAUUUGGAACAGUAACGUUGUGAUGGAUACUUGUUUAGGGAAGGCUUCUGUUGAAGCUCCAUUGAAUCCAGAAACAGUUGCUAAAGAAGUAGAAUUGUAUGGACGUUUGCAAGAAAAAGGCGUUAAAAAGCCAGGAACUGUUUUACUAGAGAUAUCAACAUGUGAUGAUCUUAUGGCAUACUGAGAUUUUUUUUUAACUAAAACUUGUGGGCUUAAAUCAUUUGUUUUUAAAACUUUUGUAUGUAUUUCUUUCUCUCAUUUCUUUUAAUAAACAUUUGGAGUGUUUUUAAACAUUUUUCGUGUACAGUGUACAAUAUACAUAUUUUUGUACUUUUUGUUUUGAUACUCCAUUCUUUGCUAUAUGUUUGUCUUUUUUAAGGUAUUUUAAUGAUUUUACCAUUUAUGUAUGUAAGAGUUUAUUCCAUAAUUAAUUUUUAAAAAUGUUUAACAGAAAAAUAACAAGUUUCAAAGUAACUACUUUUACUUAAUACUAUAGAUGCAAUCUUCAUCAAGGUUUGUGUGUAAAAAACAAUUAUUGCUUACAUUUUAAUUUUUAAAAGGACUUUAAGCUUUUAAAGGACAAUAAGCAUAAGAAAUGGAAUUGUUUUGGAUGUCCAGUUUGCAUUAUUGCUGUUAUGUUAAUUGGUUUUGCAUUUAAAAACGCAUUUUUAUUUUACUAUUAUUAAUAUUUUGUGAAACCAUUUAACUGCAGUAGAACCUGUCAUUAAGGGACACUAAGGGGACUGGACACUUUGUCCCUUAAAUAGAGGUGUCCCUUCUUUGGAGGUGGAUGAAUUGAUACAUGUUGUGUAAACUUAGUUAAUUUCAUAAUAAACGAACACUAAUACCAUUUGAGAUUAAUUAGUGAAAUUUUUUCAUUUUUAUAUGUACUAAAUGAAAUUCAGAAAUAUUCAAACUGGGGAAAAAAAGAUUAUUAAAAUUGUCAAAAAUUUUGUAUAAUCAAAGUUUUGUAACUGAUUUUCAUUACUUACAAUUUUUAAUUACUGUGCUACAUGGAUUUGCUUGAUAUCGUCUAAUUUACAAUGCAAAAAACAGUGUGAUCAUAUUUCUUCAAGUUUUCUUUUCAAAGCUUGUAACGGGAAGCACACUAUCUGUUGGGGCUGAGCCCAUAUGGAAAAAUUGAUGAGAGGGAAAGGCAUGAAUAGGUUUUGCCAAGAAUUUUAGAAUGUCAAGAAAAACUUUUAUUGCUUAAUUUUUUGACAAAACGGGAACCUUGAAUUCCAAUAAAUUCAAUAUUUCUAAUAUAUUUAUACAUAUAUAUAUAUAUAUAUAUAUAUAUAUAUAUAUAUAUAUAUAUAUUUUAAUAUUUUCUUGUGACUGUCUUUUAAAUAGUGUCUCUUAAUGGAGGUCCCUAUUUGAAGAGACUAGGACCAGAAAAAGUGUCCCUUAAAUAGAGGUGUCCCUUAAAGGAGAUACUACUGUAUAUGAGUGCUUGAAUACAAUGUGGUAUUGAUUGCAAAAGAGAAAAUUUCUAUUGUUUGGUACUCACUAAUGGGGUACAACUUUUCAUGUUCAAGAAAAUUCAAUUUUCUUUAGAGGUCUUGUAUUUCAAGCAUUUUGCUUUUUUUUUUCUUGUACAUAGUUAAUUUUGGAAUUAUAAGCCAUUUAUCAUUCAUUCAUUUCUAAGAACUAUGUUUAUUGUUUUAAAAUUCAUAUUGUAAAAUUUUUUAAUCUUGGGUUUUCAAGAUUUUAUAAUUAUUUUGGCCUCAAGUUCUGUAAUCAUUGUAAUGCUAAAGUUUGUAAACAAUUAACAUCACUUUCCCUUCAAUUACUAUUGGUCGUAGAAUUGCCUAAAAUAUUAAUGCUGUUAUAUUUUUACAAUAACUUAUGAUUUUUUUUAAAAAAAUUAAUGAUACCUAAUGUUAUAACAGUAACUGCAAUUGAAAAGUGUAAAACCUAACAACCAAAAAAUAAGUUUAACCAUGGCUUAAAAAAUUAAACAAAAAAUUAGCUCAUGAAAUUUAUUGCAAAAGACACCGCAAUGUAUUUAGUACUUCUCUAUAUUAGAACUGCCAGAAUUAAAAUACUUCACUUUUAUAUUCAAUUUUAUUUAAAGUGAAAUAAGGUACUCAAUCUGUUCCCAAUCUGUAAAUGCUCCAAAUCUCUUUUCUCUUAAAAUAUACAAUUGUGUUCAAAAACUUGUCUCAUUUUUAAGAUUAAUGUACAAGUUAAAAGUUUGGCUUUGUGACUAGUUUUAAUAUUAUAUUUUUUGCAUAAAUGCAUCUUUAUCACUCAUAAUACCAUAUUAUUAUUACUGCGCCUUAUCUACUCUUUGAGUUAAAUAUCUUUCAUAGUUUUAUUGAUUGGCAUAGUUUCAUUGUAAUUAUGGUGGUAACAUUUAACAUUUUUGUUGUUUUUAAAUGUGAAAUCAGUCCCUGU